AUGGCGGAGAGAGAGACAGAAGAACACGAUGUUAUAUACGAAUUAGAUGAAAAAGGGCAAAGGGUCGUUGUCAAAUCCCUAGAGUCGACUUCCCGUGCGUAUCUUCGUUUCACGAACAAAACGUCGCGACCAGUCGAUGUCUGGUGGCGAGACUUCCAUGGAGCCAGGCGACACUAUGUACGAUUGGACUCGGGCACUUACUUUGAUAUUAAUUCGUUUAUAACACACCCCUGGGAAUUCACAGACGUAGCUACUAAGGAAAGCUAUGUGAUCAAUAAUAAAACUAUCUACAGACCACCCACGAAUAUUGGAGGGAUGAUGUACAGAACUAACUGGAACAUAACAAUAGCGGUAAGAAGUCUCCGUCACACAGUAUUGCUGACACUCGCUGUUAAAAUUGACGAUCCUAAUGCAGUAAAUGCUCUCGGCUUACCGAGAGUACUUGCUGAGGAGCUACAGAACCUAAUCACCCUGUUUCACAGGCCGAAGACCCCUCCACAGCGGGACUGA